AUGAAGUACCGUACAGUAUAUGGUAAACUUGAUCAUGGUAAAUUUCAUGGUUUUUGUGUCACACAGGGAAUGACUUUGUUAGCCACAUCAGUCUCAAUAAUAUUACCAUUGCAUCGUCGAAAAGCAUUAUUUUUCACAGCGCUCUACAUAAUAGCAGUCGGGGAAGGGGGACACAAGCCAUGCGUGCAAACCUUCGCGGCGGAUCAGUUCGACGAGGACUUGCCGGAGGAGUUCAAGAAGGCCAAGAGCUCAUUCUUCAACUGGUGGUAUUUGGGGAUAAGUAUUGGAGCCACUUCAUCCACACUUGUAGUGGUAUACAUGAUAGAGGAUAUAAGCUGGGCGGUAGGUUUUGGAGCCUUGGCAGCAGCAAUGGCAUGGUCACUGCUAGUAUUUCUGCUAGGACUGAAGAGGUACAGGAAGCAGGGUCCCCUGGGGAGCCCAUUCACCACGGUGGCCCAGGUGCUCAUGGCGGCGGCAUGCAAGUGGCGCGUGGAACAGACGACCGGCGUUUUGGGCGUUUGUUGCGAUCCCGAGAGACCUGGCUGGAUCCACAUGAAGGAUGGGCGCCGUCAAACGAAGGGAAGGACUACUUUGGUUCAUUCAAAUCAGUUGAGACUUCUAGAUAAGGCAACGAUCAUUGACGACGUGGAUGCAUCAAGUAGAAACCCUUGGAGGCUAUGCUCACUAAAUCAAGUGGAAGAAGUUAAGCUCGUCCUCCGCCUCAUCCCCAUAUGGUUGUGCUCCUUAAUGUUUGCCGUAGACGCAGCCAACUUCCAGACCUACUUUACCAAGCAAGGUAGCACGAUGAACCGAGCAAUCGGACCUCAUUUCCAACUUCCCGCAGCAUCAUUUCAAGCCCUUCUCGGAAUCACUGUCAUGGUCGUUGUUCCGGUGUAUGACCGAGUUUUGGUUCCGAUAGCGAGAAGAUUCACAGGUCACCUUUCUGGUAUAACUUUGCUGCAGAGGAUAGGCAUUGGUUUAUUCUUGUCCUCGCUUAACAUGGCUGUGUCAGCUGUAGUAGAGGCAAAAAGGGUUAGCGUGGCAAAAGAACAUAACCUUUUGGACAGCCCUAAAGCAAUGGUUCCAAUGCUGGUUUGGUGGUUACUUCCACAAUACAUACUUUCUGGUUUGGCCGAUGUUUUCAUGCUUGUUGGGCUCCAAGAACUGUUCUACGCUCAGAUGCCGGAGUCGAUGAGAAGUUUGGGUGCCGCAGCAUUCGUUAGUGUUGGAGGCGUUGGAAGCUUUGCUAGUAGUGCUGUUAUAUCUAUAGUGCAAGCAAUCAGCUCGAGCUGUGGUGAAAAAUGGCUUGGCAACAAUCUUAAUCGCGCACACCUUGAUUACUUCUAUUGGGUGCUGGCCGGAAUGAGCGCUCUGAAUUUAUGUGUUUACAUAGCAAUUGCUAGGCGUUUUAUGUACAAAAAAGUCGAAGGGGAUGAUAUAAAUAUUCUUGACUGAAAGGGGCAACUAGCAUGAUUUUAAUCAUGCAUAUGAUCUAUAUACAUGCGAUAGAGCAUAGUUUUACAUGAUUA